AUGUACCGUCACAUCCGUGAAGGCACUGGCUUCAACACUGUCAAUGUUACCAGAGAAGCAUGGAACACAUACUCAGUAGUGUAUCCAUGGACUGGAAUUAACCUGGAAAUUCAAGUACAAAAAUCCAGCAAGUUCGGAUGCUUCUUCAAUAUCAAGAUCUGCAUCCCCGAUGAAAUCCGCAAGUCGGAAAGCCUAGUUGGCCUUCUUGGAUCCCCCAAUGCCAACAGGUUUGAUAACUGGAUGAAAUCGGACGGAACGGUUCUACCAUUUCCAAGCACCAAGAAGACAUCAAGGUUCCAAACCGCCUAUGAUUACUGUGUUGACAACUGGUGCAUCUACCAUGAAGAAGAGUCUUUGUUUACUUACAACAAGUCACAAGAGGAGAGCUUUGACUUCUUCUAUAACUGUGGUGACAAGUACAAGAAAGACAUCCAGAGCUGCGUCGAAAAACCUCCCAAAAAAUUGAUUGAUAUCUGCAAUGCUAAUGAGGAAUGCCUGAUUGAUGGAUGUGGAGGUGACGAGAAUGAUGCUGAAACCUCGCUGGUAGUCGAAGAUACGUUUGCGGAAACAAAGUGCGCCAAGGAAAUUUUCUUUGAAGAUUUUAGCGGUGACUUUGACGACUCUUGGGGACGAGCUGCAGAAACAGGUGGCUCUAGGUACAUUGGUCCCAUCGGGAAAUCUGCGCCAAAGAUUCAUAAAGAAUUUGAUGUCCCCGAAAAUGCAGAAAGCUUGACUGUCGAGUUCUUGUUCUAUGAAUUUGAUGAUUGGAAUGGCGAACGGGGAGACAAAGUGUUUGCCAGUGUUGGAGACGUCCGGGUGGACCUGGAAAGAUUUGAACAGAUCGACCCCAUCAACAACCCCAACAAUGAACAAAGUGGCAAGUUUGAAGACGUUGCCUGGUCUCACUUUAGCAUGACCAAGUUAGAGGAUACUGUGCUCGGUGUCCAACAUAAGGUCCGGAUGAGAAUUCCUCCAAAUCAGUAUGCUGACGGAAAGCUUGUUUUCGAGUUUGAAGUAGAAAUGAGCAUCAGUAUGGACAAGGCUAGCGGAGGUCUCGAUAACUUCCGAAUUGUUGCACACUAUCCGUGUGACGGCGACCCGGAAGAAAAAGAUGUCAAUACCACGGAAUUGUCUCUUCCACUGAAAGGUGCUGGUUACAAAGGAUCCUGGAAAGGUGAUCCACACAUCAUGACGUUCGACGGGCUCAAGUAUGAUUGCCAGGGCACUGGCGAAUUUGUAAUUUUGAAGUCCGAAACCAGGCCUGAUUUUGAAAUCCAAGGUCGAUUUGUAAAGUUUGUUCCAGAGAGGAAACCCACUGUGACAAAGUCAGUAGUCAUCCAAGAUGGAAGCAAAGUCCCAAGAAUUCAGGUCAACGUUCCUUCUUCGGCGAAGAACGGCCUUUGUACGCCCUAUGAGUAUUUGAAUAAAGUGAAACGUGACAUUGCUGGACUCGAUGAAGGACAAGCGUCCUUCCAAACCGAGGUCGUUGUCUCUGGUACGAGGGAGGGUCAGGUGAUCUACUUCCAUGAAUCCAAAAUUCAAGUGUCCCUGUGGGCAAGGAAGUCUUCUGUCGAUGGUUGUGUUCUGAGCACUACAAUUUUCAUAGUCUAUGAUUCACCCCUGGUCAAUGACCGGUUUGUUGGCCUCCUCGGAACCCCCAAUGGUGACAAGUCAGAUGAUUGGAUGAUGCAAGACUCAACCGAUGUAUCCAUCCCUACAACCCAUCGACAGCGGUUGAUUGAUGCUUACGACUACUGCGUCGACAACUGGUGCAUUAGGGACGCAGGUGAGACUCUCUUCACAUACGAUGAAGAUCUGCAUGAGAGCUUUGACGCUUUCGAAGACUGUGGAGCUGAGGGCGAUGGCGAGACCAUUGUUUACGUGGAAAAAGAACAAACAAACCAAAAAAGUGAACUAUCAAAAAUUUGUGGAGACGACUAUGCCUGUUAUGUUGAUGGCUGCACUGGAACUAAAGAAGAUGCCCAGAAGCUGAUUGAAAGUGACAAUGAAGAAGCGGACUACAUUGCAGAACAGGACAAUGCAUUUGGAAGCCCCUUCCUGCGUUUGCACAACAAGCAAUCAGAAAUCUUCAAAGACAUUACCGUUCCUCAGGAUGCCGAUGUGGUCACCCUUGAGUUCCUCUUCUAUGAGAUCGAUCAAUGGGAACUGGACGACAAGGUGCUGGUGUAUGUCAACGACAUUGUUCUGGACUUUGGCGAAUUCGGUCCCACUGCCUCCAACUACUACACCGGAGGAGCGGGAGGCAUCUCAUGGAAGCGAGCAGAAGGGGAAUUCAUCCUUGCGCAGUCCCAAGACUCUUCAUUUGAAGUUCUGGGACGUUUUGUUAAUUUUCACCUUAGCAAAUUCUCUUCGGUUCUGAGAGGUUUGGCAGUUCGAGAUGCCAAUGUACCACUCGUCGAGCUAUCAAUUCCCACGGACAUGAAAAUGAAGGAUUCUAACAGGAAUUCAUUCUCGCACAGUCCCAAGACUCUUCAUUUGAAGUUCAGGGACGUUUUGUUAAUUUUCACCCUAGCAAAGUCUCUUCGGUUCCAAGAGGUUUGGUAG